UUCUUUAGGGUUUUGAGGUUCUCUCUCUAUACUAAGCUCACUCUUCUUAUUCUUCUUCUUCAAUAUUUUACUUUUCUGCACUCAACAAUGGCGGAACAGAACGCGCCAGAACUCUCCGAGGCCAACUCGGAGCAACAGAACGCGGUCACGGAGGACAUGGAGCUCGAAGCCACCGAACCCGUCCAGGAAUCGAACGACAACGGAGAAACGAACUCGAAGCGCGCCAGAGAGGAAGGCGACGGCUCCAGCGAGGAAAACGACGUCUCCAGUGAGGAAAACGAAGGCGUUUCGAAGAAGCAGAAGGUCGGAGACGAGAAGUCCGUUGAAGAAGAGCGAUUAGAGAAGAAACUGGCAGAUGAGGAAUCGGGUCGGGUCAGCUUGGGUCCGAAGAGCUUCGGGUCGUCGGUGGAGAUGUUCGAUUACUUUUACAAGUUUCUCCAUUACUGGCCUCCAAAUCUCAAUGUUAACAAGGUAAGGGCUUUUGGCUCUUUCACGACUCUCAAUUUUUGUUUGGUUGCUGAGAAAGUAAGGGUGGAGCCAGAUAAAAAGAUUGGUGGAGGGAUCCGUGCAUUUCAAGUUCGGUACCACCCAAUGUUUAAGAGUAGAUGCUUCUUCCUCAUCCGGAAUGACGAGUCGUAUGAUGAUUUUAGCUUUAGGAAGUGUGUGGAUCGCAUACUGCCCCUGCCAGAAGACAUGAAAGUGAAGUCCGAUGCCAAUAGGGCAUUAGGUGGUGGUGGUGGUAAUGGCAGGGGCCGCGGUGCAAGAGGUGGUGGCCGUGGCAGUUGGAGGGGAAGGAAAUCGAGGAACUGA